GCACACAUCUGCUCCAGAAAAGCCACUCCUAUAAAAGUCCAUUAGAAUCGCCAUUUUAUGUCAUCAUCACUUCGACUGAGCCACAUCUAUAAUACAGUUUAAGCUACAGCCUUUAUUCAGACGCAAACUUCCUGUGACGUAACUCUUCUUUAGAUAUUCACAAUGCCGCCUAAGAAAGAAGAAAAGGGCCAUAUCAACAUUGUUGUAGUCGGCCACGUAGAUUCCGGCAAAUCAACGACAACUGGUCACCUCAUCUACAAGUGUGGCGGGAUCGAUAAACGCACCAUCGAAAAAUUUGAGAAGGAAGCCCAAGAGAUGGGAAAGGGAUCUUUCAAGUAUGCCUGGGUUCUCGACAAGCUAAAGGCAGAGCGUGAACGAGGUAUCACCAUCGAUAUAGCUCUCUGGAAAUUUAAAACGGAAAAAUACUCUGUCACUGUCAUUGAUGCACCAGGCCAUCGUGAUUUCAUUAAGAACAUGAUUACUGGGACCUCACAGGCUGAUUGUGCCGUUUUGGUGGUGGCUGCUGGUACAGGCGAGUUUGAAGCCGGUAUAUCCAAAGACGGGCAGACACGUGAGCAUGCCCUGCUCUGUUAUACCUUAGGUGUGAAACAGCUCAUCGUCGCUGUUAACAAGAUGGACACCACUAGUGAAGUGAAGUACAGCGAAAGCCGUUUCAAUGAAAUCGUGAAAGAAGUCUCUAAUUUCAUCAAGAAAGUUGGCUACAACCCAAAGGGGGUCGCCUUCGUGCCGAUAUCUGGAUGGCAUGGUGAUAACAUGAUUGAGAAGUCGCCAAAUAUGCCAUGGUACCAGGGUUGGAAACUUACCGAACGUGGUAAAAAUAUCUCUGAUGCACGGGGUAAUACCCUCCUCGAGGCGCUAGAUUCUAUUUUAAUGCCAGAAAGACCAACAACUAAGCCUCUUCGAGUCCCACUCCAGGAUGUCUACAAAAUUAGUGGUAUCGGAACGGUUCCGGUUGGUCGCGUUGAAACUGGAAUACUGAAGCCUGGUAUGGUUGUUAAAUUCGCUCCUGCUAAUAUCACCACUGAAGUGAAGUCUGUAGAAAUGCACCACGAAUCACUCCCCGAAGCGAACCCAGGAGACAAUGUCGGCUUCAAUGUCAAAAACGUUUCCAUCAAGGAGGUCAAGCGUGGUAUGGUCUGCGGUGACAGCAAGAAUACCCCUCCUAUUGCUGCUAAGUCGUUUCAGGCUCAGAUUAUCAUCAUGAACCACCCGGGGGAAAUCCACGCUGGCUACAGCCCGGUCGUAGAUUGCCACACAGCCCACAUUUCCUGCAAGUUCACUAAACUAAUCAAGAAGCUGGAUCGCCGAGGAGGCAAGGUGCUUGAGGAGAAUCCAAGCAAGGUGAAGUCUGGGGACGCUUGCAUCGCAGAACUGGUUCCCAACAAGAAGAUGGUUGUCGAGGUCAUGUCGGAGUUCCCUCCUCUUGGGCGGUUCGCCGUACGCGACAUGAAGCAGACAGUCGCCGUUGGUGUGGUGAAGUCGGUAGAGAGGGAAGAAGCUUCUACCGGCAAGGUUACCAAGUCUGCCCAGAAGGCAGGUGGCAAAAAGUGAUACUUGAUACUACAUCCCAGGGGCGUCAAUCGAUUUUUAGAUGGGGGGUGCAAAAUAAUGAAUUAACGUUCCAAAGGCGGUGAAAGGCGCGCUCGAUCACACAAAACAAACACACUCACACACUCACCCCCUCCCCCCAC